AUGUCAAACAGCCUCACCGAUCGUCAAAAGACUGACUUACACAAAGCUAUAUUGGACUAUUUCCACUCUUCUGGAUACCACAAGACUCUUGAGCAGUUUAAAGAAGAAGCCUCUUAUGCAGAAUAUCACUUCGACCCGAGUACGUCCACUGACCUUCUCGUCAAGAAAUGGGUUAGCGUCAUACGGCUACAGAAGAAGAUUGUGGAUUUAGAAAGCCGACUUGCUCAAGCGUUGCAGGACAACGUCAGCCUUACGACCAACCCCGCGACCUUGAAUCAACGCAGCAACCCCGAUUGGCUCCCGGCAGUGACCCCACCUAAACUUGUCCUCACCGGCCAUAGGGCUAACGUCAACGCCGUUGCGUUUCAUCCCCGGUAUUCGGUGCUCGUUUCUGCUAGCGAUGAUAGCACCAUGAAGGUUUGGGAUCACGAGAGCGGGGAGCUUGAACGUACCAUUGGAGGCCAUACGAGACGCGUUAGCGACUGCGAAUACGAUUCGAAGGGGAAAUACCUUGUGUCCGCAUCGCAUGAUCUCUUCAUCAAGUUAUGGGACGUAGACAACGAGUACAAGAAUACCGCUACCUUUAGAGGGCACGAGCACUCCAUUUCCUCUGCUCGAUUUCUUCCCGGCGAUGAACGCAUCGUCAGCGCCAGCCGCGAUCAGACCGUGCGUGUAUGGGAGAUCGCUACCACUCAUUGCAUCAAGGUUAUCAAGUCCCAUGACGAUUGGGUGAGAGCCGCUGUGCCCAGCUCGGAUGGACGAUUCGUCAUAACGAGCUGUAUGGACCAUACUUCCCGGGUGUUGGAGCUCGCAACUGGUGCUACUAAAGCGGAACUUAGAGCCCAUGAUAAUGUCGUUGAGAACGCUAUAUUCGUCCCUCGUAACGCAAUACCGGCUCUCUACGAACUUGUCGGUAUGAAGGUUGGCCCUGAUUCCUCGAUGACUCCGGAUGAACUAUCGGUGGCUUUCGCAGUGACAGCAUCGCGUGAUCAAAAAAUAAAGGUAUGGGACGCCCGGUCAGGCCAAUGCCUUUACACGUUGGUUGGACAUGAUGGAUGGGUGCAUGGCCUUACAUUCCAUCCCAAUGGUCAAUACUUGCUGUCUGCUGCAGAUGACUCCUCAAUCCGAAUAUGGGAAAUCAAGACGGGGCGCUGCAUACGGAAAAUAGACACUGGGGAACGGUUCAUGUCUUCACUGGCGUGGGCUCGACAGAUCACAGGAGCAGAUGCAUCCACUCAACAGACAGAUGCACAAGGCCCGAGGCGAGUCAAUACAAUUGCUUCGGGAUGCUGGGAUUACAGCGUCAAGAUUUGGAAACCUUGAUUGGCAUUUGUUGAGUUGAAUUGCGCCAUUUAUCGCUUUCAACACUCGCUAUGUUUCAGUGUCCUGUUCGUCGAAAUCGAGCAUGUUAUCUCUCCUUUAUCAUGCUGUGCGCGUAUAGUAGGAUUUGCCUACGAUUUCUUGUCAGUUCGCCUCGGUGACGGAUUGGCACCUUUUGUUCAGUAAUCAGCAAAGAACGCGGACAAUGGGCCAUGCGUCUGCGCGUAUUGCCACAAC